CCCGGAGGAUCCCGAGGGCUCCCUGGGAAUCCCGGGAUUUGGGGGGGAAGGGGCGGCGAUGGCGGAGCCGCUGCUGCGCCGGACCCUGUCCCGCCUGAGGGGCCGCGGCCGCCCCGGAGGGAAGGAGGAGCGGGAGGAGGCCAAGGACGGAGACAGGCCGUGCCAGGAUGAUGAUGAUGAUGACGAUGACGAUGAUGAUGAGGAUGACGCCGAUGAGGAGGAGGAGGAGGAGGAGGAUGAGGAGCAGCCCCUGAGCGGCUCGGGGGCUCUGGGGGGUCCCUGCAGACCCCCCGGGCCCGGCGCGUACCUGCAGAGCCUGGAGCGGAGCAGCCGCCGCUGGGUCCUGGCGGCCGGGAACGAUCCCGGCGGGCCCGGCGCUCCGGCCGGGAAUGCCGGCAAUGCCGGGGGAGGGGGACACAUCUGGUACAACCCCAUCCCCGAGGACGACGACAACGAACCCCCCCGGGACCCCCGCGGGGCGCGGGAGGGACCCCCAAAGGGUGGGGGGUCCGCGGAGGGACCUGAGGGACACGGCGAGGAGGAGGAGGAGGAGGAGGAGGAGGAGGAAGAGACAGCCCCGAGGAGCCGGGGUGGGGCGAAGCUGCCGAGCCCCCCCGCGCCCCCGCGCAGCCCCCCGAAGGCUCUCCCGGCCCCCAAAGGCUCCAAGCCCCCCGGCACGGGCACCGGCACCGUUCGGCGCCUGUCGCUGAAGAUGAAGAAGCUGCCGGAGCUGCGUCGGAAGCUCAGCCUGCGCAGCCCCCGCUGCCCCCCCAGCCCCGACGGGUGGGGUGCCUGUCCCCCGGAAUCCCGCUGGGAAUCCCGCACCGUCAUCGGCCGCUACCACCUGGACACCAGCGUGGCCUCGGCACGCGUGGGGACACCCAGGGGCGGCCACCGCAGCGACGGCGUCCCCGAGCUGCCCGCCAGGCUCGGGGGUCCCCCCACGCCGGGGGGGCCCGGGCCGGACUGGGGGUCGUUCCGCCCGUACGGCUGCGGGGACUACUCGGGGGCUCAGGGGGUGGGCGCUGCCUCGGGGCUGCUGCGGGUCCGGGCUGAGGGGUUGCGCACGCCGCGGCCGGAGCCGCGCGGGGUGUUCUGCGUCCUGCAGGUGGACGGGGCCAGCCGGGCCCGCACGGCGCUGCUGCCGGCCGGGAGCGAGUUCCUGCCCCUCGACCACACCUUCAACCUGCCCCUGGAGGCCGCAGCCACGCUCAGGGUGGUCGUGCUCGCCCGCGACCCCCUGGCACGGAGAGACCGCCUCUGCUGCCACGGGGCAGUGGCGCUGGCGAGGCUCUUCGAGGGUGAGCGUGUCCAGCAGCUGGCCGUGCAGCUGCAGCCCCGGGGGGUGCUGUACUCCAGGCUGACCCUGCUGGAGCGCUGGGAGGCUCCGGAGCCGCGGGAGCCGCGGGUGUUCGGGGUGGAGCUGGGGCAGCUGGUGGAGCGCGAGGGGGACCCCUCCAGGGUGCCCCUCAUCAUCCAGAGGUGCCUGGCCGAGAUCGAGCUCCGGGGGCUCAAGGUGGUGGGGCUGUACCGCCUCUGUGGCUCGGCAGCGGUGAAGAGGCAGCUCCGCGACGCCUUCGAGAGGGACGGCGCAGCCACCGCGCUCUGCGAGCGCCUCUGCCCCGACAUCCACGUCAUCACCGGGAUCCUGAAGGAUUUCCUGCGGGAAUUGCCGACCCCCCUGGUGACCCCCCGGCUGCACCACGUGGUGCUCGAGGCCAUGGCCCGGAGACCCCCCCGGGGACCCCCCCAGGACCCCCCCGGGGACGGCCCCGCCCUGCUCGAGUGUCUGCCCCCCGUGGAGAAGGCCACCCUGCGGCGGCUCCUGGAGCACCUGGCCCUGGUGGCCUCGUUCCAGCCCUUCAACCGCAUGACCCCCCAAAACCUGGCCGUGUGUUUCGGGCCCGUCCUGCUGCCCCCCGGCCACCAGCACACCUGCCCCGGGGGCCACCCCCAGGGCCACGCCCAGGGCCACGCCCAGGGCCACGCCCAGGGCCACCAGGGCCACCCCCGGGGCCAUCGGGGCCACCCCCACGGCGAGGGCGUGGCCGGGGCCGUGGAUUUCAAGAGACACAUCGAGGUCCUGCAUUACCUGCUGAGGACAUGGCCAG